AUAUUUACAAGAGGGGAAACGAAUGCGACAGCUGAUAAAUAAUCUAAAAUCAGUACAUUCGUAAUUUGAAUUUAUGGAGUUGGUUUGGGCCUAUAUUUAAUUUUUGGUCCAAAAAAGGAAAGUUCAACUUAAAUUUAUACAGGCUAAACAUAAAAGUAGUUAAAAUUAAGUGUAAAUAUAAAGAAAUAUAAUAUAGCCACGUGUAGGAAUCUACAUUACCGGCCCAGUAUUAAACAUAACUAUAAACUUGGACAGUUUGCCACAGAUGGCUCUGCUUAGAUGGUAAAAUUAAAUUAAAAAAUAGUUGAAUUCUUUCACUACUAGCAUGAGCAGAGCCACAGUUGUGGUAGAGCACUUCUCUGCUCACUUUCUUUGUAAAUAGUUUAUCAAUUCAAAUAUUAAAUUAUUAUUUAUUAAACAUGUGUCAUUACCGUUUGAGAUAAAAUUGUUGUAGAGUUAACGAACUUUUAAAUUGAUAGUUGUGAACAGUGUCAAUUUUUAAUCCCGAUCAAAAAAUUGUAAUAUUUACCUCCGUAGAAACAGAACUGUCAAAAAUGUUCGAAUGGGCGUACGAUGGUGUCAAUGUGUCUAUACCACGUAACGUUGGACCAGAAUGUGCUUACUAUUUGAGCCCAAAGCGAAGGAUAAUCGAAACGUUAUUUAUAUCCAUAUUCAUAAUAAGCUUUCUUGUUUGGGGUUAUAAACGAAUGAGACUGCCAGCCCGGGCAUCGUACGUGGAUCAUGAUCGAGUUGGCAGAAGAGUGCUGUUGCUUGUUAUGUCACUAGUAUUGGGAAUGGAGUUAGGUUUCAAAUUUACCAGCAGAACAGUUAUAUAUAUUUUUAAUCCUUGUCACAUAACAACGCUGGCACAAUUGUACUUACUGGCAGCAGAUCCUAGUCCGACUGUGACAGCUAUCUUCAGAAUACAUUUAAACUUCAUGAACGGACCAGUUUUAGCAUACUUGUUUCCAGAAACUGAAUCUCGAAAGAUAUUUGCUGACAAAGCUCUGUAUUACAUUCAGCAUGGAUUGAUGGUAGUAAUCCCAUAUUACUUGCUAAGGAUUGGAGGUGUUUACAAUAUUGAGCCCCUAUCGGACAUGAGCUGGUCUGUUUUUAGCUAUGGACUGAAUUUAAUAUAUCACUUUUGGAUUCUUCAACCUCUUGCCUGGCCUACACAAGUGAAUCUCAGUCACAUGUUGUGUCCAGCUAUUCUGGACCCAUUCGAAGGACAAAAUUAUCGAUUAUGCGUGUUCGUUCACCAAGGAAUAUUAUGCCCAUUGCUAUGCAAGUUAUUGUGCUAUGUAUUCAAUUUCUUUUUAACGAGGUUCCCACCGACUAAAGUAAAAUCGUCGCUCGAGUCUGCACUUCCGAAAAAGAAAAACAAUUACGAACAUAACAAAAAGUUACGCGCAGAUACAGAUAUUUCUGGGAACGGACAUGCACGUGUGAACUAGUCUAAUACUUUGUAAUACAUGCUAACAUGAUCUCUAUGAACACUUUGCCGCAAUUAAGUAAGUACUUGUUUGUUAAAGGAGUCAAAUAUGUUUAUAUGUUACCAAAUGAACUUGUGCCUGUACGUAAUUGUACAGGAGUAACACGUUUAUAGCUCAUUUUUCACACUAUACCAUCGGAUACAGUGGGUAAGAACGUGCAGGACAAAUCGUGGUAAUAACUAGGUAUUCGCAAAUUGCAAAUGAAUACGUAAGAAGUAUUUAACGAGUUUUUACCAGAGACGGACAAAAUUCUUAUUAAAUAAAGGCUCAAUAAAAGUUUAAAUCUGAAUUCUAUGAUCAAAUUAUGUUUUACAUUGAAUUAAUGAAAGUUUACCCAAAUAACUAUUCGUUUCUCCAUCAAUAAAAUUCUGCCUGUCUCUGGUUUUAACUGAAUGCUACAGUCGCUGUGUAGCAUAUUUUUCCACUUAGACGUUUUACAUUGCGAGACACUGCUAGUCUCGUGAAACGAAUUCCUAACGUGUCUGUGACUAGAAAUAUACACAGGAUACUGUCCUACUUAGAAAUCACACUCUUUAAUGCUAAUAAGUUUGAGAGUUAAUUUUGACUUAUAUAUGUUCACUAUAUUAUUUUUGGGGGAUAUUUCUUAGUUUUAAGAAUGUAGAUUGAAUGUGAUAUGUAAAGAUCAACUAUGUUUUAAUGUGAUACUACGUAAACUACGUAUAUGUUAAUAAGGGAAAGUCGAAGACGCGUGAUAAUAUUAAUUUAUUUACUUAAAAGUUGUAUAAGAUUGUGUCAACAGUGUGCACACAGCGACAUACUUAUCUUCAUGGUUACGCAAUAUAUUCCACGAAGCUGGUAUACAAAGAGCAAUUUAAAUAAUCGACGAAAUCAGGCUAGCGAUAUUACGCUAAUUACCAGAAAUUAAAUUUUUUCAAAUAUAUUUUUUGAUCCCAUGAAAAUGUUGAUAAGUAAAUAAUGCGAAAAGUAAAUAAGAUAGUCUCGAAACUAACAAAUGAGUUUAGUCCAUAUAUUUCCUAUUUUAAAAAGUUAAGAAGAAAGUAUAUGCAAAUAUAUUUCUGUAGAAUAAUGUAAAUCAAACAAAAAUUAACAAAAAAUUUGUUUUAUGGUUCCUAAUUUAAUCUCGCGUUUCUUACAUUUCAAUAAUGUAAGUUUGACUUAUAUUCAAACGAAGAUUUAUAUUUUUAUAACUAUCCUUUUUCAAUUCGCGUAUACGAGAACAUUUCAGGAAUACUUAUUCAAACUUUUGAGCUUUAAUUGUGCGCACUUUUUACACAACAGGGUUUUGUAUCGACGAAUUAAAUUUCAAGACAGAAAGAUGGAUUGAAGAGAUCAACAAUAAUAACAUUUAAUUUGUGAGGGGACAUUUUCUAUGUCGAGUAUGCAAUUAUAAAGGCCUCGAAAAAGUUUUAUUUGAAACCUCGAUAUAGCACAAUAACAAGAUCUUUUCUACUACUUAUCGUAUUUCAUAGCACGUAGAGUAACAGUUACAUAAACAAAACUGUGCAACAAGAAACUUUUAAUACGUGUACUCCAUCGAUAAUAAGAGCAAACUAGAAUCCGGGAGGAAAUAUAUCACGGAUGUGCUAUUAUGUACUAUAAGUGUUUCAGACCACUAUACUAAGGCUUUAGCAAGAAAGUACAUUGUACAUACGUAGUAUGUAAAAAGAGGAUUGCGCGUAUACAGUACAUGUACUUCUUGGAAUUGUAGCCCUGUUAUCUUGCCAGAUGCACCCAAAGAAGCACUAACAGAAUAUUAUGUGUAUGGAAGAUUCGUUUCUCUAAUGAACCAAAUCUAAUCGUAUUUAAUUUGAUAAAAGUUGGAUUCGAAAUUAAAUUAACAUGCCCUUCUCCGCUCUCUAUUAACCAUUUGCUAAUAUAUAUAUAUACAUAUAUACUUUGGGAACCUAGCGGUUAAAUUUUAUAGCUAGUAUGUAUAUUUAAUUUCGAUUCUAGGAUAAUUUGGAGCUUUAAUUAUUGUGAUCCUAACUCGUCAUUAGACCACUGUGAUUUUGAAUCUUUCAUGUACAUGUAUCUGAUUCACAAGAUUUAUUUAAAAGUUGAGAGGUAAUAGCGGAUUGUGUAUUGUUUGAAGUAAUGUGUAAAAGAUCGCUAUUGUUAUAUUUUUGUAAGCUACGAAGAGUAUUGAGUUUCCACGGUGGUUGCAGUCAAGCGUAAACUUGUUUGAACUUCUUUGAGGAAGUAGAAAGAGAAACUGAACGUUCGAUUAUGAUUAUAUGCUUAACGGGAAUACAAAACGGGGAAUGAUUUGUACGAAAAUUCACGUGUAAAUAAACAUUCAGUAAAAA